AUGAUUCGUUACACUCAAUACCUUAUCACGAGGCAUACACCGGCCUUGUUGAAGAAAGCUGUGGCUCCAAAUGUUAACGUUUCUGCCACGUUGCAAAAAUCAUUUCGCACGUACCGAAUCGCCGCCGUGUUGCGUAAACCUCUUCCUCCUAAGGUCAACCUCAUCAUGAUUGACAACACCGUUAAAGGGAAGAGUGUGGAUCUGCUAUCUAUCGUAAAAUUAGUGACUGGGUAUGGAAAGAAGGUUAUGGACAAACAUAACGACAUGGGACGUUUACACCCCCUCAUUUUGAUUGUGAAAACAACUCUGGAUAGGGACAAUGCCAGCGUUGACCAAUUUGUGCUGAAUAUGGUCCUGACGAAGCGUAAGUACCUUAAGGACAUGAUUACGAUUGUUCUCGACGCCAAAACCACAGCAGCUGCUGCACAUGCACUUCGUACUGACAGGGGAAUCACGUUAGUACUGAAAAAAAACGACCCGGCAACAACUGAGAAGGAUCAGGUUAAUGAGGCUGAUGAGAAAGCGGAGAGAGGCACCACUAUAGAGCAGGCGGAAAAGAAGAAACGGGGUAAAACGAAGAAAAGGAAAGGUGUGCUUCUUCAAGCGCCAGCUGCGGUGCCGAGUGUGACAGAAAGCAGUUCGCUUAUUAGCCGACGAAAGAAGUUAACAAAAGGCAAGCUCAAAAAGCGCGCUCAUUCGCCAGGGAAAGUAUCCAAGGUUGAAGCUGAAUCGAGGAAGAAAAACGAAACCAUGAUAGUACAAACAAAAGCAGACCGGCGGGCUCUGAUAUGGGGGAAGGGAAGCGCGACCGAUUCGCCAGAGACCGCUGCAGGUGUAGGCAACGCAGAAGGGAAAAAGAAUCCUCCUGCUCCGAAGAUGGCUUCUGCACUUGCACACAUUGAUGCGCAAGAGGCUUUGGGCAAACCAUUCUGUCCUACGGUUGGUGGUGUUUUUCAACCGUCGCAGCAAGUUGAACGGGAGCUUUUCUCCGGUUAUGUGAAUGUUGUGUGUCUGGCUGAUAUGCUGAACCUCCCUGUCUACAAGGGUGGCGAAAUGUUCACACUUUACUACCGUUUGACGGGCGCAGGAGCCUACCGCACUCCUCUGAUAACAAUCAGUAAAAUAUUGGAGGAAGCCUGUCAAAAGCAUGGUGGAGGACCGUCUCCACACUCAAGCGCGGUUCCUACGAGUCAGGUGCCCCUGUUGCUACUUCUUGGUGCACCGUUCCUUUUUGGAGAAGAUGCUCGUCUCCUCUGUGAGGAAUACCAGAAAUCUUUACGUAGUCAGAUUCCCGCCAUAUCAGAAAUUACGAUAAUCGUGGCACCAGCUUGCUACACAGAGAAGAAUAUUCUCUUUGCCCUUAAUACCGCGCAAGAGGGGCGCAAAAGCAGUUGCGAGGCUUCAAGGAACGAACCACACCAAAAGCAGCAUAGACAUGACGAGCCCCCUAGUGCCUUGGCCAACCUGUCGUCUGGUGAGGGGACGAAUUCGUCCUUAUCUGAGAAUGUUUUACGAGACAUCGUAUCAACAGCCGUGGAAGAGGUCACACAACGCCAUGAAAAGUCUACACGGGAUCUCUCAGGAGCGGUGAAGCAGCUUAUAGAGUGCUUGCCACGAGACCGUCUUGUAAAUUUAAUAGAUAAUCUUGAGGAGGAGAGACUUGCGCUUCUUGAAACUACCAAGGGGCUAGGUGAAAUUCGGCAGCGGGUGCGCGGCACGCAGGAAACUUUGGACACGAUGCACAAAGAAGUUGUUGGCAUGGCGAGCAAGGCAAAUGCUCCAAACGUCUCAGGUAACAUCGGUUCAGCAGCUGACGUCAUCGAACUCUGCAAGGCUGUUGAAACACUGAAGGGCCGAAUAGCAGACUGUGCUAAUCCCGUGCCAAUAAAGCAACAGCUAAGCUUUGAGAUACGUGAAACAUUAGGAGACUUGAAGAGGAAUCUUCAGGACACAUUCAACCAAUCGCUCCAAGUGGGUUUCAAGAAUAUACAGGACCAGCAGCAGAGUCAGUUAACAGUCGCUCUUAGGGAAUAUGCCUCGGAGAGCGCAAGGGAGCGCGCCCUCACAGAGCAGACUCUUCGUGACCUCCCAAAAAACCUUCAGAGUGCAAUGGAGAAGGCGCUCUCCACGCUGACGGAUCGUAAUGAUAGAAAAACUGCGGAAGUGUUCGUUGAACAGCAGAAGUUAGUAGACACCAAAGUCUCCGCCAUGUGCGAUGCACUAGGCAGAACAGUUGAAAAGGGUCACGACCGCUUGCGAGAUACUCUCACAGACUUGCUGCAGAGAAAUCCCAACGCCAGCAGUGGGACCUCCCCUACAACCGACACACAGCAUAACUGA